CGACACUUUGAACUGUGGUGGUUUUAUAAAUAGAGGACAUGGCCCCAACCCAAGAACACCAAACCACAUACAUCUAGUAUAGAUCCAUCUCUCUCUCUCUCAGAAACCAAGUUGGAGAGAAGCAAUGAAGGUUUCUUACAAGACACCAUUGGUGUUCACUUGUGCAUUCCUUCUUCUUCUUCUACUUCUUCUUGGUCAAGAAACUACAAUGGUUGAUGCUCAGACUCAGAUAUGCAACCCUCUUCAGCUAAGCCCUUGUCUGGACACAAUCACCAAAGGAUCUAACCCGUCUAAACAAUGUUGCAGCGCUGUCGUUAAGCAGAAGCCUUGCCUUUGUCAAUACAUGAAGACCCCUGCCUUCAAAUCUUACCUCUCCUCUCCAAAUGCCAAGAAGGUUUCCACCCAAUGCAAAGUUCCUUUCCCCAAAUGCUGAUCCUCUCUUCUCUCUCUCUCUCCCCACCUGUUGGUGCUAUGUUUCAUUUUUGCAGUGUUUGCUUGUGUCACGAGAAACCAUAUGUUCCUCUUUCUUUGCUGAUUUCCAUUGUGCUUUUAAUAAAUUGAUCCAUCAGGCAUGAUGGGUUUCUUUUCUU